UACUAACUUUCAAGAUAUUCGAAAAUCUUUAAUAAAACAAAGAAACUAAGAAAGACUCUCAAAUGAUUUAAAUCUUACACCCAAUUAUUUAUUGACAAGCCGCCAUUUUUUAUAUUUUGUUGACGAGUGGACGACUCUUUUCAUCACUCAGCUGCCAUUUUUGACAAAAUAGUCGCAGCACAAUUUUUUUCUUAAACUUUGGCGUCACUUAUAUUUUUAUUCAAGAUUUUUAAGCUGAAAAUUUUCAGAUAAUCGAAAAUAAAAAGAAUUAAAAAGAAAUGGAAAAAUCCAUGAAGAAAAAGAAAGUUGACAUGAAUAUUGUAUAUGAGGAGGAGCCAGAUUGGGAUUCACUUAACGUUUAUCCUAUGAGUCAAGCUGCUAGUAAGAAAUAUGCCAGUAAUGUUUGGGAUUAUUUCGGGCACUUGAUGAGAGGAACAUCAUGUAUUGAUAACAAAAAUUUUUACUGUUUACCUUGUUUUCGUACACAAAAAUUAAAACAGUAUUCCGCCUCAACAGCCACUAGUAAUUUUUAUACUCAUUUAAAAGCAUAUCAUAGUAUUAUGCCUGAAAGGGGUGUAACACACAAAAGAAAGUCAAAUACGAUUAAAAGCGAACCUCAACAACAAAAUGAAGAAAGGCAACCUCAAUAUGAUAUUGGUCAAUUUACAGAAGUUUUGGAUAAUGACGCGUUGAAUGAACUGAUAGUUGUUGGUCGUACUAAUCAGGUUAAAGAAGAUCAACACUUAUCAGUUGAAACUACAGAAAAUAUAGUAAUGGAACCAUUUCCAAAGAGAAAAUUCGCUCCACAAAGACGUUCGACAAUUCGUGACAGAAAACUUCCUAUUGCUUAUAUUAAUCAAUCAUAUACUCCAAAAACUUCAAUGAAAAUUAUUGAAAAUGAAAGAAAUGAGGACUACGAUCGACUUUUCAUAUUAUCUCUUGUAAAGGAGUUUCGUAAGGUGCCUGAGGAAUAUAGAUUAGAUGCUAAAUACGAUUUAUUGGGAGUUUUAAGAAAGUAUCAGCAAAUAGCUCAAUCGCAAUCGCUUCAACAAAUUGCAGAAGUUCAUGAGGAGCAAGAUGAGUCUCGCCAAGAAGAAUUGGUAACAUCGGAAAAAUUUGACCAUGUUGAGCAAUACUCAUAGUUAAUAGAAAAUAGUAAAAAUAUAUUGUUAUUUUGGAAUGUAUAAUAUGCAUGAACCUAUUUUCCUUUAUGCAUGCAAAUUACAUAUAUUUAAUAAGAUUUUGUAAGGGCUAAGUCUUGAAUCUGUGAAUAAUUUAAGUAUUAAAAACGUGUAAAUAAAUUUUAUUCAAAAGCACAAUGAAA